UCACGGCUGGUAAAUUCAGGGAACCUAUAGACUGAGUGGUUCGCAUAUACUGUGAAAGUUAACAAGAUAUACUGAAUAUUGGACCUAGUACUCGUGAUGGAUUUAUUCGAUGCGUAUUUCGUGUUUUGCUAAUUAUUGUCUCGAAGAUAAGUCUUUGUAACUUGAACAGUUUGAGAUUGUUAACAUAUAAGUCUUUAUAACUUGAACAGUUUGAGAUUGUUAACAUGGGGAAGUUUAAGAACGGUCUGCUCUUUGGGGUAACGUUGUUUUUCUUACAAUGCAUGGACGUUUCUGCCAAGAGGUAUCGGUUCGGACUACUGAUGGUUAACGACUCCAAGAGCAACCGUUUUGACUUGCAACACAUUGGGCCUGCCAUUGACAUUGCCUCCGAGAAAUGUAGAGCGAACUACAACGUGGAAGUUGAAUUGAUCCCAGGAUAUUAUCCUCACCGGUGCUCCGAAGUUCAGGCGAUCGGCAAAGCCACCGAUAUCACCACGGACUAUCCGGAUAUCGUGGCUUUCGUCGGACCGGCGUGCAGUGACGACGUCCAGGUCGUUGGUCGGUAUGCUACUUACAAAAAUAUUCCUAUUAUCACUGGCUUGGGUGAUGUGCUAAAGGAGAGAGACGAGUUCACGACCUUGAUCCGCAUGUCUUAUGACCUGAAAGACAAGGCACGGGCUAUUUUAGCCUUUCUUGGAAACUUUGGGUGGCGUUAUUUCGGUAUGAUAUACAGGUUCCAGGAUAUCUACUAUGGAACACUUGCCGAAGAACUGAUGCGAAUGGCCCAAAAACGUGGGUUUGAAAUAACGUGCAAAUUAACUUACGUAAGAGCCCCAAAUAAGACCGUAGUAACAGAUAUGUAUGAUAUAUUGGAAAGAAUGAAGCUAUGUGCCAGGG